AUGUCUCCCCACAUGCAGGCUGCCCUCGCAGCUGCAGCUGACAACAGCUGGAGAGCAGAAGCCCCCAUCUUUGAAAAGCUCCUGAAUGCAACUGAAUUCCCACCAUGGCAGGGCUCUGACAGCCAGGCCAGUGAUGAUGGGGUCCAUCUUCCUGCACACCGAAAGCCUGUCUGCAGUUGGAGAGGCCAUCUAGACCCCAGAGGUUGGGAAGAAGAUGAGAAAAUCUCGGUGCCUGAUGCCAAUCCCACUCUUCCUCCUUGUGUAUUCAUCAGGACGGACCAGGCUUGUGUUAAGGUGUACCCAGGAUUUGUUUUAAUCAGGAAUGGUAAGACUCACAGGCACAGAGGUGGUUGUCAUGAGGAAGAAGUCUGUGCUCACAAAACCCUAGAAACAGGAGGCAUGGCAUGCCACAUAGGGCCACGUGGGGAAGGACCAUCUUUUUGGGGCUUUUGGGGAAGUUGGAAACAGAUG